AUGGGCGGCCGGAAGUUCGCCGUGCUUCUGUGCGCCGAGGACUCCGACUACGUGAAGAAGGUCUACGGCGGCUACUUCGGGGUUUUCGUGCGAAUGCUGAGGGAGGAGGGCGAGGUGUGGGACGUCUUUCCGGUGGCGCGCGGCGAGUUUCCGGCGGACGGCGAGAUCUCCGCCUACGACGGUUUCGUCAUCACCGGAAGCUGCAGCGACGCCCACGGCGGCGAUCUGUGGAUCUGCAAGCUCCUCGUCCUGCUCAAGCGGUUGGACGCCAUGAAGAAGAGAGUCCUCGGCAUUUGCUUCGGACAUCAGGGGUUUAGCUUUCAGAGUUGGAAAAAUCCAGGCAAUAUCCAACGAUUUCAAUCAAGAACCGGUUCGACCAGUCGAACCGGUACCGGUUUACCGGUUUUGAACCGGUUCGAACGGUUCGAAACCGGUUCUUGUUCCCAGCGGUUUAAACACUUAAACCGGACCGGUACUAGGUCCGGUUCCCGGUCGAACCGUUUGUUGGAGUUUUCUGAUUUUCUGAACGAUCUUGUUAGACUGAUACUCGGACGAGCUCUUGGAGGCAGGAUUGGACGAGCCAGUACCGGAUGGGACAUUGGAAUUACCAAAGUCCACUUAUUUCCAUCACCUAUUUUCACUUCCUUGAAAAUGCCAGAUUCCCUCUCAGUCGUCACUUUCCACAGGGAUGAGGAAUCAAUUGCAGCCGAGGCCAAGACUAAGGUGGAGGGUAGUGAGCCUGACAGGGAAGCUUGGAAGAAACUUUGUACCGCCUUUCUAAAAGGAAAAUUGUGA